AUGUCAUCUCUUAAAAGCGUGCGCGCAAACAGAAAGUUCUCCCAAGAAGAAGAUAUUAAGCUCAGGUGUGUCGUGUCCAAGCUUGGCACUCACAGCUGGAAAUCAGUUGCAUCUUUCAUGCCUGGUCGAAAUGUUCGCCAAUGCAGAGAAAGAUGGAAUAAGUUUCUAUCUCCAAGUGUCAACCUUAGUCCAUUCACACGCGAAGAGGACGUUAGAUUGCUAGGCUUGUAUAAAGAACUUGGACCACAAUGGGUCAAGAUCGGAAAACAUCUCGGUAACAGAUCGGAUAUCGCAAUUAAAGCUAGAUUCAUGCUCCUCGAACGUCACAGAAAGAAACGUGAGAUGAGCGAGGAAUCAUCCUCAUCCUGUGAAGAUAACGUUUCAGAAAGUUCUGUUUCUGAAGCUCCAAUUCAUAACCAUGUUAAACCAAACAGACAAAUUAGUGCGGGAAUUACAUCUAAAGAGUUGAAUAACGAAAUAGACAGCUUAUUCUUCUCUGACUUUACAGAUUUCUUUGACUUCAAUGAAGUCUUCGGUGUUGAACAAUUAUAA